AUGGCAAGAAAAAGUUGUAUGAUGAAAGAAAGUGGUGAUAGAAAGCUUCAAAAGCAGAAAAGUUCUGAGGAUAUUGUGUUUUCCAAGAAGCGGCAAGCCUUGUGCAAGAAAGCGAUGGAUCUCUCUGUUUUGUGCGGAAUUGAAUUCGCAAUUCUUAUUUUUUCAGUAACUGGUGAACCAUUCAUAUUUGGUAAACCAGAUGCUGAAUUGGUCGUUGAUCAUUUCUUGAAGGCAAAACAAGCGACUGAGUGUUCCUCGAGUUGCAGGGCAACAGUUGAAAAAAUCUGUGAGCACACAAGACAUCCGAGAAUGGACCAAAACAAAAAAGUGCCUAUCGAUGACAAAGGAAAAGGAAAGGCAAUUGAAGAGAACUCUGAGUGCUCUACAUGGAAAAGUGUGGAUGGAACUGAUUCAGAAACACUUGAGAAGCAGUUAACACAAGAGAUCGAGAGUUUUGAAAGCGAUUUGAUUAAAGAAAUUAAUGAAUUAAAAUUAAAAAUUAGUGCAAAAGAUACUGAAUCUGCACUUAAAGUUAUUUCUUCAACCACACCAUCGAACUGGUUGAGUCUUUAA